AUUUGUGGCAUGUCUUUUCGGCAAGUGGCAAAUAUGCGAAAACACAUGCUGAUCCACACCACUGCAAAGGCGAACCAGUGUGACCUCUGUGGUAAGGAAUACAAGUACCGCGACUCAUGGAAAGCCCACAUGCGGAGCCACGUUAUCAAGGAAGGACUGCGUCGCGAGGUCAUCAAAACCAAAUACGGAAAAGUUUAUAACUGCGAGUACUGCCAAAAACAGUUCUCUACGGCCUCGCAGUACAAAGUCCAUCUCCGAACACACACGGACGAAAGGCCGUUCAAGUGUGACCUGUGCGAAAAAGCAUUCAAGGAAAAAGGAAAAUUAAGUCGUCAUGUGAAUCGCGUGCAUGUUCAUUCUCAAGUGUUGUCGCUUCAUCCACAUCAGAAGGUGUCGAUGGACAGUCGUAUAGUCGUACCGGUACCUAACGACCACGUCAUGUAUUACACUGGCGGUGUGGCUGGAGUUUAAACAGUGUUGUUUUAACCCUUGUACCCCUACUGACCAUAUUGGACUUCAAAUGAUGAAUGAAUGGCAGAGUCCACUAAAGUUUCUUGGGGUUGAAAGGGUUAAGAUGAUGCAAUACCUAUAAUACUUGUCACAAGUCACAAAAAUACAAUUCU